GAAGCCCCAGCAGGGCGGCACUCCCGACGCGACGCCCCUGCUUGCCGGCCGGGAGGCUCACUCGACUCUGCCUCCACUUCCUCGUCUGUCCGUUGGAGCACGGCGCCGAUGGCGGCGGCGCCAGCGCUCGCGCGGGAGCUGCUGGACGCGGCGCGGGAGCCGGAGUUCGCGGAGUGGCAGCGCGGCGUGCGGCGCCGGAUCCACCAGCACCCGGAGCUGGCCUUCCAGGAGCACCGCACCAGCGCGCUCGUGCGCGCCGAGCUCGACGCGAUCGGCGUCCCGUACGCCUGGCCCGUCGCGCAGACGGGCGUCGUGGCCACCAUCACCGGCCCCGCCGCGGGCCCCGUGUUCGCGCUCCGCGCCGACAUGGACGCGCUCCCCAUCCAGGAAAUGGUAGAAUGGGAGUUCAAGAGCAAGGAAGACGGGAAGAUGCAUGCGUGCGGCCAUGACGCCCACGUGGCGAUGCUUCUUGGAGCAGCUAGGUUGCUUCAGUCUCGGAGGGACGAUUUAAAGGGUACAGUGAAGCUCGUCUUCCAGCCAGCCGAGGAGGGACACGCCGGCGCAUACCACGUCCUCAAGGAAGGCGUCCUGGACAACGUGCAGGCCAUCUUCGGCGUGCACGUGGACACGGCGUUGCCGGUGGGGCUCGUCGGGUCCAGGCCAGGGCCGUUCCUCGCCGGAUCGGCGCGGUUCACGGCGACCAUCACGGGGAAAGGCGGGCACGCAGCGGGGCCGCAGCACGUCGUCGACCCGAUCGUCGCGGCGUCCUCCGCCGUGCUCAGCCUCCAGCAGCUCGUCGCCCGCGAGACCGACCCGCUACAGGGCGCAGUUGUGUCGGUGACCUUCAUCAAAGGAGGAGGCGGAGCUUUCAAUGUCAUCCCAGAAUCCGUCACCAUGGGCGGCACCUUGAGGAGCAUGACGAACGAUGGCAUGUCCUAUCUCGUGAAAAGAAUCAGAGAGGUGAUACAAGGACAAGCCGCCGUGAGCCGCUGCGCCGCUACGGUGGACUUGAUGGAGGAGAAGAUGAGGCCGUACCCGGCCACCGUGAACGACGAGGCCAUGUACUCCCACGCCAAGGCGGUGGCGGAGAGCAUGCUGGGCGAGGCCAGCGUGAUGCUGUGCCCCCAGUUCAUGGCGGCGGAGGACUUCGGCUUCUACGCGCAGCGGAUCCCGGCGGCCUUCUUCAGCGUCGGCGUCCGCGACGAGGCGACGGGGAAGGUCCACCACGUGCACUCACCGCACCUGGACAUCGACGAGGCCGCGCUCCCCGUCGGAGCCGCGUUGCACGCCGCCGUGGCCAUGGAGUACCUGAACAAACACGCACCAUGCAAAUAAACACAAGGCUCUGGCCAUCCCGAUAAUACAUGUCAUUCUUAUUGAAGUGACUGCAUGCCGCAAAAUCUUCCCUCCUUGGAGCGGUAAGAAUUUGCUACCCCGCAUCCGUGCUCUGUACGUCGAAAAUAAAUGUGUCCAGACAUCCCUGAAAGAUUGGUUUGGUUGUACUGCGCCUGUUCCACCAAUUGUAUGUAAACGCAUGUGCCUGAAAUUCAUGUAAUGAUUAAUUUAGAUUGC